AUGGACUCGAAUGCCCUGCUAGAGCUUGUGGACUUUCUCAAUGACCCCAAGGCCGAGGUCCGAGCCAUUGCGGCGGACCACCUGGCGCCGUACUGCGACGUGCCCGAGGCGAGGACGGUGCUCCUGGCCAAGCGCAAGGUCCUGCUCGAGCGACUGGGUGCCAUGAUGGGCGAUCUGACGCCCAUUGCCCACAACGCCAUGCGGGCGCUCAUCAAUCUCUCUGCAGAGACCGGAACCGAAGACAGCGACAAGCCGUCCGGACGCGUCGGCGAGUCGUGGUCCCGGGCCAUGGUCCAGGUCGGCCUCGUCCCGCGCCUCCUCGAGGUUCUGCUUGAUCCCGAUGCUGUUAUCUCUGAGCUCGCCGCCAUGCUCCUCGCCAACUGCACCCGGACAGAGGCUGCUGUUCACGAUCUGUUCGACGUGUGGAACACCGACUCGGCCCUGGAGAUCGCCAUCGUCAAGCUCGUCCGCGCCUUCCGCCUCAAGCACUUCCACAACCCAACGCUCCGCUCAACUUUCUCGCCUCGGCUCUUCCUCAAGAAGGACGGCCUUCUCCUUGCCCAGCUCCUGCCCUUCCUCGACGAUGAGUCAGUCAUCCGCCGCGGCGGCAUCCUCGGCACCGUCCGCAACCUUGUGUACGAGACUGACAAGCAUCCCCUGCUGCUCGACCCUACUGGGCCCAUCAAUCUCCUGCCCAAGCUCCUCAAGCCGCUGAUGGACAACCGCGUGCUCGAGGAGGACGACGUCGUCGGCAUGCCGCUCGAAAUCCGCCAGCUGCCCUACACACACCAGCGCGAGUCCGAUCCCGAGCUCCGUCGCAUGAUCGUUGACACCCUGUUUUACCUCUCGCUCGAGGCUGACUCGCGCCAGAUCCUCCUCGACUCCAAGGUCUAUGUCGUUGUCCGCAACGCCCAUGUCGACGAGGAGGACGAGGACGCCUCGCAGGCCAUGUUCAAGCUCAUCGACGUUCUCCUUCCCGAAAUCGUCAAGGACGACCCGCUGCCGGGCGCGCCCUCGGCCUCGGGUGCCCUCACCGAGCUCGAUCACGACCUUGCCACCGCCGGCCCGGAGACCACCUAUGUUGUCGGCGACGACGCCUCCGACGACGACGACGACGACAUCCUCCGCAACAUCCAGCCGCUCGGCCUCGAGGCUGAGCCCGAGGCCGAUCCCACCACCGCCGCCGACCCCGAGUCCGAGUCCACCGCAGCUGCCGCCACCGAUCCCGCCCUCGCCCCCGACGACGACAGCGAGCUUGACGCCGAAGCCGUCUCCAUGCUCGACAACAACGACGACGAGGACGACGUCGAGUAGCCGUCGCCAAGCUC